AUGGAUUAAUUUAACUCAUCAAUCUAGAGAAAUUUGAAAUAAUUCAGCAAUUCAGACGUCAUAAGUAUGAAGUAUAUGGAUAUCUGCAAAAUCAACUAGAAAGCAUGA